UAUAUAAUUAUUUACCUUAUUUUAAUAAUUUUUCCUUUUAUAAUGAGAAGACCUCAACUAAUCAUUGCUUAAAUAAGUCCCAGAGACCCAUUUGCGGUCGGCAGUCCAUAAACCAUAGCUUCUAUCUUUCUCUCUUUCAUGCUCUCUAUCUUUCAUUUCAUUUGUAUACUUGAAAGUUUUUAAUUUUAAGAAAAGAAAAAGAGUUUGCAUAAUCUUUUUCAAGUUGGGAAAAUGGGGUGCAAAUCACAAGAUAAGCCAAGGCCAAAGCAUCGGAAAGGUCUUUGGUCACCUGAAGAAGACCUUAGGCUUCAAAACUAUGUACUCAAACAUGGCCAUGGCUGCUGGAGCUCUGUUCCCAUUAACGCAGGUUUACAAAGGAAUGGAAAAAGCUGCAGACUAAGGUGGAUUAAUUAUUUAAGGCCAGGGUUAAAAAGAGGGACAUUUAGCAAACAUGAGGAAGAGACCAUCUUAACCCUUCAUCAUAUGUUGGGGAACAAGUGGUCUCAAAUUGCACAACACUUGCCAGGAAGAACAGAUAAUGAGAUAAAGAACUAUUGGCAUUCAUAUUUGAAGAAGAGAGUGGCUAAAGCUGAAGAAGAAAUGUUAACUGAACAGACUAAAACUCAGUGCACCACUUCAAGCUCAGAGUCUUCACCUUCUUCAGACAAGAAUAGUAAUCGAAUUCCAAGCUAUGAAUCAUUGGACCAAAUGGUGGAAAAAUCUCUACUUCACAAUGAUCAAUCUGUAUUUAAUCCAAAUCUUUAUAGUGACUUCUCUAAAGACCAUCACCAUCAACAACAGCCAAAAAUUAGCUCACUACCAAAGCUUCUAUUUGCCGAGUGGCUUUCAAUAGACCAAGUUAAUAAUAAUAACAUCAAUAUUAAUAAUCAUAAUGGUCCAAACUCAGCCAAUAUGGUCCAGCCAAUGGUUCCAAGAGAAAGUUUUGGUCAUAGUUUGAGUUUCCAAGAUGGAAUGGGACAUGGUAUUUUGCUAAAUGAAGGCAUAUUUGGAGGUGACCAUUUUUCAAAUGGGCUUAGCCAGGUUUCAGAUUCUGACUUGCUUCACUCAGAAUUUAAGUUUGAGGAUCAAAUUUCAGGAAGUGGGUUUGGUCAUGACUUAAUCUCUGGGAUUAGUGAUGAUGUAUGCAUCAACAUUCAUGAUUUCAGUAUGCACAGUGAUGCACUGUAUUCAUUUAAUUGAUAAAUUGGAGGGUGCAUAUGUUUCCCCAAGGCUA